AUGGCGGCGUCGUGGUCCUUUCCUUUCAUCCCGAACCUCCAGACACGCCUGCUCAGGCACGUCCUCUCCCGCCUAGACGUCCUAGACACCGAUGCGCUCAACGAUGAGAGUUUGGAGUUUGCCUGGGGGAAAACAAGCACAAUAGAGCUACGGAAACUGACAGUCCUACAGAAUGUCUCCCGACUGCUGCAAAUACACGACGUACUCGACCUUCGGGAAGGCCACAUAGACUCGUUACGCUUGACUCUCCCUGUAGACCUCCAUAAGACCGGCAUCGCUGUAGAGAUCAAGACGGUUAUUGUGCAUGCCCAUAUCGCUCAAGCGACGAACACGAGCAGGGGCUAUACAGCAAGAGGCCGAGCCAAUACUGGUGGUCAAGGAACGACUCGGCUGCCGACGACGCAGGACCUUGCGAAGUCAUUCCUGGCAGAUGAGCCUCGGGAAGAGAAGGAGGAGUUGGCACAAGCGCUGAACGAGCAGUCGCAACAGCUUGCGGACUCCGGACUCAGCUAUGGGGACGAGCAGGACGACGCACUCGGGACUGGUACUGGCUUAUCUCUGCCCGGCUUCGUAUCGAAGCUCCUUCAGGGAAUACUGGACAGGUUAACCAUCACCAUUACCGGUGUUAAUGUCUAUCUUCAUACAAACACACCGGCAGACGAUGUCGUACAUUGUUAUCUGGGGAAAGCCGUAGUCAAGACGGAGAACAUGGCGAAAAUGAUUACGCUUGAACGAUUGUGCCUGCGAAUUUUCUCAGACAUGCCUGCGGAAUAUUCACGACUUUCGACGCCGAAGCCUGCCUCCAGCCCAGAGACGGCAAUGAGCCCAUCUACGUCUGAGCUAUCGCGGCUUUCAAGGAGUUCGGACCUAUCUACAAGUCCAGUCAAGGCGGCAUCAUCCGAGAGGCAUUGUGGAGACAACUUACUGGGGAGCACUUCUGGCACUACUACGCCUAGGCCAACUUCCAGCCCGUCGUCACCUACAAGUCCGGCCUCGCUUGGAGAAUCCGAAUUAGUUGCAGAACAUGAUGCGCGGGGAAGGUUGCAUGAAGCUCAGUCUCCGUCCGGUGAUGAGCGGUUUGCAGAUGCAGAUGACCAAGUGGGCUCCUCCCGGCUCAGCUCUAGUCCAAGCUUUAGUCCAGCCCCAAACAAUCGUGAAGACUUGGCCGAAUCGCGCGUAUACGACAAAGGUGAAGGUGAGAGCAUGUAUAUGAGUGCAAUGAGCGCGCUCAGUAGAGUGCCGUCUUCUGUUGGCGACCCUCAAACAUCAGUAACAUCGGAAGACCGAACAGAUAGCGAAAGGAUAUCACGAAUAAACUCAUCGGCCUCUCACGAUCCGUCGGUCUUACGCCACGUUCGGCGAGUUCUUGACGUAGAUCGCUUGAGCGUCAGCAUACCGCAACCAACGGAAGAAAGCCAAGGUCCCAGCGCUGUGCCUGAAACAGGCGACAGCCAACUUCCUAUGCAAUCCUCCUUUAAUAUGACAGGAUCGUCGGUCUAUCAACACGUGCCAGGGUCGUUCUCACAAUACGCUCAGGAGGGGGCUGGCCGGCUGCGGCGGAGCUCGAUUCCUAAAGACCCUUCAAAGACCACCCCCAUCAAAGCAAUGCAUCCGAACCUUUCACCAUCAGCCACAGUCUUGCCCAAAGUCGACGAUGGUGUAGCUGCAACCCAUAUUGAUGUUGGUCCGGUGCACAUUUAUCUGGACGUACCAACAGGUCGAUUGCUGAUUGACGUAAUACAGCAACUGCAGCUAAACGCAAGUUCGCAGAACUCGCCAAAUCUAGCAGAUGUGGGUACGGAUCCAGGCGAGAGGCACCAUAAUAUCGCUAUCAAACUCUCUGUAACCCAACUGUCAUUUGCCUGGCUCGAGCGCUUCGAGGGUGCCUUAUCGGCACAGCACGUCACAGAGCGGCCGACUCACACAGCAUAUCGUCCUCUCGUUCUGCUAAGCAGCCUCUUUGAAGGGAUUGAAGUCUUGUUGAAAAGCGCCUCAGAGUCAAUCAACAUCAAUCUGACCAUCAAGAGGCUGCCGAAGCUUCUCGACUCCUCGUCUGACAGGCUGGCUUGGAUAGGGAUGAAAGGAGAAGAGCACACGAACGAUGUCUCGCUAAGCUAUGCACGGAACAAGCGAAAAGCCGAGCUGGAGAUUAGAUGCGCACCGCUAGACAGCGUCUUCGAUCUUGAGCGGCUAGAGGAGAGACUUAGUUCCUGCGGAGGUUUGAGUGGUAUCCUGGAACUCGGUGGCUCAUUCACGUCGAGCAAUGUCGGUCUUCAUGAACAGCCGCCGCAGAUUCCUCACAAGAAGCGCGGUGUGCGCUUUGAUAAUCCAUCUGAUGAGAUCAUAUCUCCUUCCCUGCCAAAUCUGAAGAUCAACCUUCGACUUUCAGAAGCCAGGCUUCUCUUCACCGGGAAUAUCAACGGGACUGCCUAUGAUGUAGCUAUCCACACCAGUGCUGUGAAGAUCAUCAGCCGACCGAAGCUAAUCGGCAUUUCAAUCGACAUGGCCAGACUGUGCGGACCCUUCAGGGACGACGCGGCUUCAGUGAUCAUCGAGGUCAAACAAACUCGGACGUCCUAUCUGUUUACACCUGAAGAGAGGCACGUCGAUCAGUUACUGGCGCUUGUGACACCCUCUAAGGACGGCUAUGAGGGCGACGACCUACUUGUCGAUACACUCGUGUUGCAAAGAAGAAAAGGUCCAGUGUUACAGACCGAGUUUGAUCAAAUAUCAGUAAACGUUGGGAGCGCAGAGAGCCUUCAAAUUCUGUACGGUCUGAAAGAUGAGUUGGCCAAGCUGUCCACAGUUGCGAAAUAUCUCCCUGAAGAUGACCGCCCUGGAUUACUCACCCUGUCAAAACUCAGAUCUUUCGAACUGACUGGCUGGCUGGAUAACCUGGGCCAGGCUGUUCUGGACUGCAAGGAUAUACAGGUCGCCCAUGUCGGUCUUCCCGCUCUGCUGGCCCUCGAAUCAGGCAAGGUGUCGCUGUGUUAUACAGUCCAAAAUAAGGUGCAUGAAGUUCUCCACAGCGCUGUAACAGCAGACGAAGACGUCGAUCGGUUGGACGAAGACGACGAACACCCAAUGGUUAGAAUCCGAUUCAUCGGCGGCGAGCUCAAACCUACCGUCCGAAUCAAGCUGUACAACCUCAUGGCGGAGUACGACUUGCGCACCAUCCUGCCUCUGAUGGGCCCUGGAGAAGACGUAACUGCUGAAUGUCUUGCUGUUGGGCUGGCGUCUUCGGUGGCUACAGUUAUCGGGCAUUCUUCCACUACAACUCUCCAAAGGCGGUUACUGAAGCAAGCUGACAGUGGCAGCCUACCAACAAACCCUUUACGUCUUGACAUCAUUCUACGCGAUUGCGCGGUGGGUUUGCAAGGACCUAAGCUGCCUUCCAAAGGUAUAUUCUUUCUCGGAGAAGCAAACCUCAGAGGAGCCAUGCCAGCCAAUGGAGACUUCGCAGCGGAUGUGGAACUUGUCAGAGCAUCCAUAUUUUUGAUCGACCAUCGAGAUAACAUUGCCAAAAUCUCCUCCGCCUCAGCGAAGCCCAGACCUCCACUCAGGAAUAACACUAUCCUCGAAUACCAGCGCCGCAAAGGAUUCGUAUUGGUAGCCUCCCUAUCGAAUGCGAAAGCGCUCUUGAAGUCGGCGCAGGCUUGUCAUCAGCGUUCUGGGACGAUGGAAGUGGAGGUCGACGGAGCGCUGCUGGUUGUGGAAACGUGUGCAGACUCGACCCAGACGUUGAUAGCCCUUCUUAGCGGACUGGCGCCGCCUAAGCCGCCGAACAAGGAACAGCAGUAUCGCACUUCUGUGCCUCCUGUUCAGGACAUGAUGGCCUCAUUCACCGGCGAUGCCUUCGAGGAGCCUACUGGAGCAACGGGGUCCGAGUACACCGAUAGAAAACAGAACGAGCAAAGCCACAAUCAGGCCCACAGCGGAGACCAUAUGGGCGAAUCAAAUAUAUACGGAAGCUUCCCAUCUCUUGACAGCCUAUCGAUGGCUGAGGAAGACGAACCGGCCUUGCUGGACCAAGCACACGAUACAUCCGCUAUAUCGCCGUUCGAGCACUUCGAGGUCGAGGAGCCGCUCUAUGGUGAUGAACAGGAAUGCAAAGUGAUGGCGAUCAGUAUCCACCUUGAGGAGGGCCAUUUUGGCACGAGCACCAAAAUGCCAAGGCGAGUUCUGAAAUGGGACUCCCGUGACAACACUUACAUCGAGUCGGACACGCCUCCGCUACAAGGUCUUCCUCUUCAGCUCCGCGUUCGGGGCCUGCACGUUUUAUGGAAGCUGUAUGAUGGGUACGAUUGGCAAGGCACUAGACGUGCAAUCGCUGAUGGCAUCGAAGCUCUGGCGCAAAAGGCGGCUAGCCGACGGAGACAACCGUCUUAUGAGCAAUCAAAGCCGGAUGCCUUUGUGGAAGACGAAUUGAUGAAUUCUAUCUACAUCGCUAUUGAUCCCGACAUGGAAGAAGAGGACAUUGCUAACCUAGUAAGCCGCAACAUCCGCGGCAAGCAUGCCGACACCGUCAGUGAGAUCAGCUAUGCCAUGUCAAACGAUACGCGAAGCACGGCCCGCCCAACAUCUGCCAAAAGCACCACCUCAGGCCGAAGAUUUGCGAGAGGCAAGCACAAGCUCACGAUCCAGCUGGAGAACGUCUGCGCCGAUGCUGUUGUACUUGCGCCCGGUUCCGAGGAAACACAGUCAUCUACCGACGUACGCGUCGAUAAGCUGGAGAUCAUCGAUCGGCUACACACGUCGAGCUGGAACAAGUUUCUGACGUAUCAACGCGAUGCUGGGGAACGGGAGCUAGGCGAUCCUAUGGUACACAUCAGUCUCCUCAACGUUCGUCCGGUUCCUGACCUUGCCGCCUCGGAGCUGGUCAUUCAAGCGACUGUCCUGCCACUCCGGCUCCACGUCGAUCAGGAUGCGCUUGACUUCCUCACGCGCUUCUUCGACUUCAAAGACGUGAGCGCCACACCUUCGCCUAGCACUAAAGUAGAAGAGCCAUUCCUCCAACGCGUGGAAGUGAACACAGUCGACCUCAAGAUUGACUACAAGCCCCGUCGUGUUGAUUAUGCCAGUAUUCGAUCUGGUCACAUGACCGAGUUCAAGAACUUCACCAUGCUCGAUGGUACCAACGUUGUACUCCGACAUGCCAUUGUCUACGGCAUUCUUGGCUUCGACGAGUUGCACACGCACCUCAACAACCUCUGGACGCAGGACGUGAAAAGCAACCAGCUCGCCACCGUCCUCGCCGGCCUUGCGCUUCUCCGACCUCUCGUCGAUGUCGGUGGCGGUGUACUCAAGCUCGUCGAAGUGCCCAUGCAACAGUACCAGAAGGACGGCCGCCUGGUCCGUAGUAUCCAGAAGGGGCUAGCCGAGUUCGCGCGAACAACGACAAAGGAGAUCGCCCGCCUUGGAGGCAAAGUUGCCAUGGGCGCGCACGGCUACAUUCAUGGCGCUGAGGUGUUCCUCUCGCCCACCCAGCCUGGCGGCAUGCGCUCGCCGCGCCCACACCGGUUUGCGAACGAGAGCGAGUGGGAGAAUGUCGAGGAAGAUGCAUCCGAGGGCGUCCGUAUCUCCUCCAAGUAUGCGGAUCAGCCGCUCAACAUCCGCGCCGGUUUGCGCGGCGCCUACAAAGGCCUGGAGCGAGACUUGCUAUACGUACAGGACGCCAUCAUCGCGAUACCAGGCGAGGUACGGGAAAGCGGAAGCGCGGCUGGUGCGGGCAAGGUGCUGGCGAGACAUGCGCCGACUGUUAUAUUGAGACCGGUCGCGGCGGCCACGCAGGCGAUGGGAACAGCGUUGCUGGGUGCGGCGAAUGCAUUGGAUAAGGAUAGUCGGAGAAGGAUGGAAGACAAGUAUAAGAGGCCGCUGUAG